AUGAGAUCCUACCGAGCACGGCCGGCCAGGAACCCAUUCAGGCCAGCGCCCACUAGUCUUCUCGCCAAUCGGGCUCCCAGCCUGCAACUCACUUGCGCCCAAGCCGGCCAUACGACUAUCGCCAGAUCAAUCUUCCUUCCCUCCAUCAAUCACCAUCACCCCCCUUCCUCGGCCCUCGGCGCUAGCUCUCAUCGCCUCGCGUCCUCAUACAACCCGUGGAAAAUGAACACGGAUAUCGAGUAUCGUGACCUCAAGCCUAUCACUGACAUGCCGAGCGAUGACAUUCUCCUCAUAGAUGUACGCGAAGAAGCGGAGGUGAUCCAGGGAAACAUCCCGUCCUCGGUCAACAUGCCCAUGUCCACCUUCGAGAAACUCAUCGAGCUCCAUCCCGACGACUUCAUCAAGACCGUCGGCUUCCCGAAACCCAAACCGGAGCAGAAAAUCAUCUUCUACUGUCGCUCGGGCGCACGCUCGGCCAAGGCGCUGGAGAUCGCCAAACUCAAAGGCUUCAAAAACGUGAGGAACUACAAAGGCUCUUGGUUGGAUUGGAUGGACAAGGAAAACGCCUCCUAG